UGUUUGUGUUUCUGACCGGGGAGUAUUGCUUGAGCACAAAUUAUACAUGCGGCUUGUUAUGUUUGUGUUCUGUAUUCGACAUUUCUACCAGAAAAAAAUCAAGUGACAGCAUGUCAACAGUAGAGGUUAUACUGGGUUUCCUGGAGGAGGUAGAGCCUUGGCGGCUGCUUUCCCCCCAGUUCCCCAGUAAAGUAGGUGGAAAACCCGCGUGGUUGAGCCAGAAAGGUGUCCCUGCUCUGUCCCAGCUAGAGUGCGAAAUAUGUCAUCUGCAAAUGGUUUUUCUGCUUCAAGUUUAUGCACCUUUAUCAGACCAGGAACACUGUUUUCACAGAACACUCUUCUUGUUUUGCUGCAAAACCCCUGAGUGCUACUCCCGUAACGACAGCCGGUGUAUGAAAGUUUUCAGAAGCCAAAUACCACGAAAGAAUGAAUUCUAUUCCUAUAACCCUCCACCAGAGGAUGAACCCCCUUCUGAACCAUACGAAGGACACAAUAUACUGCUGUUCUCCGGAGUUAAACUGUGCUGGAUUUGUGGUUGUCCGGGCACCAAAGCCUGCUCUCGCUGUCACUCCGUCACUUACUGCGGCAAACAUCAUCAGACCAUCCACUGGAAACACUCACACAAGAGGGAGUGUGGCAGCCAAGAAUCAGCAAGUGUUGGCAAAUGUCCUUUUCUCUUCCCUGAGUUUGAGCUCGUCACUGAACCUGAAGAUCUAGAGAAAAAUGCUGAAUAUGCCAAAACACCACAAACGGAAACUGAAGAUAUUCCGAGCAAUGUAGAAGAGACAUUAGCAGAUUCCUUAGCGGAAACAGAGUUGGAGGAAAUGGCUAUGCACGAGACUGAAGAAAUGAAGGCUUUCCAGCGAUUUAAAAAGAGGAUUGCUUCAGAACCACACCAGGUGGUGCGCUACACUCGAGGGGGGCUUCCUCUGUGGGUAUCUGCCAAAAAUAUACCUUCAGAUGAGGACAUCCCACCUUGCCCCUGUGGCUCAAAACGUGUGUUUGAAUUCCAGGUGAUGCCUCAGCUGUUAAAUAGCCUGUGUGUGGAUUCAACAGGAGCCAGCAUUGACUGGGGGACAGUGGCAGUGUUCACAUGUUCACUCAGCUGCAGUCGUGAGGACGAUUAUACCACAGAGUUUGUGUGGAAGCAGGACUUUACAGCAGAUGAAUGUAAUAAAGACUCAUAACAAAUUUGAAACUA